AGAGAUUUUCAGUUUUAAAGGUUAGUGGUGAACUCAACUCUAUCGUGGUCACAACCAAUCUCCAUCCCCCAGCUUACGUAUAAAUACACACCUGGCUGGUGAAUUACCACUCGUGAUUGUGAAAGUGAUCUACCCGUUGCAACCGUUUCGGACUCAACUCACAGGUUCGAUAUUUAAUAGUUAACGAUGGGAGACGCUGAAACUGAUACUGGGAAAAGUUUUGCUGGAGAGGGCCCAAAGAAGAAAGCACUAACCCAAUUUUGUCACUGGGCGAGACCUAAAAGUGCAUUAUACGAAUACAACUAUGACUAUGGCUCCUACUAUUACCGCCCAAUGAUUGAUUACCUCAACUCAAGGUCACAGGGGGCACGAGCCGACACGGUGAAGCCGCUCUUUUGGGAAGAACGAGCCCUUAAGUCGUACAUGGAUCGCAGCCGACGCACCCAAUCGUGUCGGGUGAAUAAAGAUACAAUCCUGCUGCAAAAUAUCCGAAAUAGCAACAGCCACUAUGUCGCCCAUAGCAAGUCUUAUGCAAGAAAGAUCACUGGACUCGGCUUCUAAGCUUCUCUUCUUGGGGCAAACAACCAACAACUUUUGUGCAUAGCUACAUAGAUCAUCGUUCGUUAUGCACGAGUUUGUCAGCGUACUGUUAUUUCACUCCAAUUCACUAAACAAGCAAUAUUAUGUGAUUCAUUUUCGUACAAUAUAGAUCCUUCAUCGAGUUGAUCACCAGCAGCAUAAACUCUAAUCGCUUUCUGUCCAUCCAAAAACUUGCCUUACUCAAGAAAUUUAUUCUAAAGACUUUCACCUUUUUCCAACUCUAUCGCGCAACUAGGCGUGUAACUUACAAAAUAUUUCACCUCCCUUCUUUGUUUUAAUCUUGUUGUAGAGGAAAUAAAGUGAUUUGAAAUGUUGUCCACGUAUAGAAAAUGUUAUAUUGCAGAAAAGGUUAUCGGAAUUAAAUAAAGUCAAUGUUGUUCCCAUUUUGAUUGA